CUACUUUACUGACUUUACUUUAAGUUGGCCCCAUGCUCCAUACAAUCCGAGAUCUAGUAUCUACUUAACCCUGGUCGUAGAUUUGCAGUAACAACGGAUACAUCGUAAUCUACUGAAGUCAAUAAUUUCAAAGUCAGAAUUAAACCAAAUGUAACAAUUUAUUAGUCAGGUAAAUGUAUCAUGCCAAUUACAUAAUCAAUUCAAAGAUAAUCGAUACAAAACAUCAAAUGCUCAGAAAUAAAUAGUAAAAGAUGAAUACCUGACAUCAGAAAGAUACAUAAUGCUGAGUGUCUGAAGGACACACAGCAUUAAGGGCUGACCUGGCUACAGAAUCGCGCCUUGAGCCUCCUGCAACAUCUCUUUAUAUACUAUUGAUAGUAUUGAUCAUUGAUAGUUUUACAUGCACAUGGUAGACCCUCGGGUUUUAAAUGGCCGUGCUAUUAAAAUUAUUUUCACGUCUGGUGGCCACGAUUACCCGUCUGAAUGGAUAAGUUAACAGCUGUCAGUGUCAUGGAUGUUUUGCAGCGCGAAAUCUGACUGAACGGAUAUAGACCGGAAAAUAAAGAUAAUUUGCGUUUGUUAUUUUAUCUACAGUCGUUAGUUUUAGAAUUCUGCUGUGAAAUAAAGUAGCAGGUAAGAUUACAUUUAUUUGAAUGAAUUCAAGCGAGCGAGAGUGAGAGAGCGCGCGCGAGAGAGAAGCCUACCUAGUGAAGCUUCAAGAUAAAGAUCAUUUUUAAAGGUUUUUAAACGACACACUCACUUACACAUAUUUGAGAAUCGGAAUAUCAGAUAGUUGAUGACAUCGUAAGCAAGUUUCGUGAAUAUUUUAAAGAAAAAAAGGAAAAACAAAAUAAUAGCGAUCCAUCUGUCAUACAGUGUUAUUGUGGCUGUGUUCACCAUAUGUGACACGCAUGACGCGUCGCCAUGGAAACAAUAAGGGCAAACGUUCUAAAAUAACGGUCGCCUUAUGGUGGAUUCAAAAUGGUCAAUAUUCAUAUUAAUGCAUUUUAUUCGUAUUUCAUGUUAAUCAUUUAUGGCUUAUGAUUUAUCAAUAUUACUUUUGAUUUCAUAUAUUUACUCCUAUUCCAUAUAUUAAUCCUCAUCAUAUUCUCAAGUAUUUACUUUCUAUUGUACCCUUUAUGGUUAUUAUUCUUUUAUAUUUAGAGUAGCCUAUGUAUGCUUGCUAUAUUCAGUUGUUCUUCAAAGUGUUCCAAUGUGACAGGUCACGUUGACACGUUUGUGGUUAGAUAUUGGACACCUGCCAAGUACUGCAGAAGCGAUGUUUUCGGAAUUAGUUGCUCAUUUGAACUCGAUGUACCUUUGUCCAUUUCUAUUUCUGCUGACAUGUGAUAAUGUAAGAUCUGCAAAAUUCCCUUAAGGGGGUCAAAACAUCCCCUAUAUCUAUUUUCAUCUAUUUUUUUGACAUCGGACCAGUCUAUGACAUAAUGCAUAAAUCCAUUUGACCAUUUCUUAUUAGACCAAAACAUAAGUUUGAGUGGGAUGUAAAUUUCCCUAUGCUUAUGGUAUAAAAUGGACUGAGUCGUUGAUAGUUUAGCUUUUCCCUUUGCUUUUCCCUUUGCUUUCCUUUGCUCUUCUGCUUCUUCUCUUCUGUCUCUCAAUUCAUUCUGCAAAUGUCUUAAUUUUGUUCCUUCUUUCUGUAUAUUCUGAUCUUCAUCUACAAACCCGAUUCCAAAAAAGUUGGGACACUGUACAAAUUGCGAAUAAAAAAGGAAUGCAAUAAUUUACAAAUCUCAUAAACUUAUAUUUUAUUCACAAUAGAAUAUAGAUAACAUAUCAAAUGUUGAAAGUGAGACAUUUUGAAAUGUCAUGCCAAAUAUUGGCUCAUUUUAGAUUUCAUGAGAGCUACACAUUCCAAAAAAGUUGGGACAGGUAGCAAUAAGAGGCCGGAAAAGUUAAAUGUACAUAUAAGGAACAGCUGGAGGACCAAUUUGCAACUUAUUAGGUCAAUUGGCAACAUGAUUGGGUAUAAAAAGAGCCUCUCAGAGUGGCAGGGUCUCUCAGAAGUCAAGAUGGGCAGAGGUUCACCAAUUCCUCCAAUGCUGUGGCGAAAAAUAGUGGAGCAAUUUCAGAAAGGAGUUUCUCAGAGAAAAAUUGCAAAGAGUUUGAAGUUAUCAUCAUCUACAGUGCAUAAUAUUAUCCAAAGAUUCAGAGAAUCUGGAACAAUCUCUGUGCGUAAGGGUCAAGGCCGGAAAACCAUACUGGAUGCCCGUGAUCUUUGGGCCCUUAGACGGCACUGCAUCACAUGCAGGAAUGCUACUGUAAUGGAAAUCACAACAUGGGCUCAGGAAUACUUCCAGAAAACAUUGUCGGUGAACACAAUCCGCUUAGUUGCUUCCGGUAAUGACCGCCGCUGUGUAAUUUUAUUUCCGGUAAAAACUAUGGUGAAGUCCAGAAGCAAGUCGUUCUGUUGUGUGCCUCAGUGUAGCAAUUCAAAACAAAAACAACCUUAUUUAAGUUUUCAUGACUUCCCAUCAAAUGCACAUCAAAGAAAAAAGUGGGUAUGUGCAAUCAGAAGAGAUGAAGGGCCAACGUUUGUAAUUCGCAGAGCCAGCACGUUAGUCUGUAGUCAACAUUUCACCACUGCAGACUACAUUCAGGGAAGUUGUCGUCUGAAGGUUGGUGUAGUUCGUGUAGGUCGUUUUCAGUGGAACAAUUUUUAUGUACCACCUCAAAAGCAGUCUGCAUACGAGAGAUCUAGCGCUCGACAAGGAGUAGAUGUGCGUGCCCCAAAGACUAUGGAUGUCCCGACUAGUUUGGAAGUUAGCAUCAAGGACCAUGACUACGCGGCACACACCCCCUCCCGGUAAGUAUCUGAGUUUAAGUGUAGAUGCAAAAUAUUCACACAAUAGCGUAAAUAUUUGGGUACUUCAGGAGUCAGAACCUGCACCUGGAAAACAUUGUAUAAUAUUCAGUUAUCAUUAUGAACUUGAAAAAUAUUAUGCGAAUUUGUAUGCUAAUGAAGAAUAAGACAAUAAAAUACUUAUUAUAUUACUUUUUAAAUGUAUUAUAUUAUAUAAUACUAUUGUGUUUUUGCAACUGUACACAUUAUAUACACUGCUGUACACAUUAUAUAUACUGUUGGUUUUUUAGAGCUGCUUUACAACAGAUUUAAAGUGUUUGCAUUUCUGAAUUCACUGUUUAUUCUUGUAACGGUGCUUUGAAAAAAAACAGUAUUUUAUAAAGUGCUACAUAAUUAAGUUACUUGAGUAGUUUCAUGUUUUUGUUUUUUUUUUCUUUUCAUUUCUUUAUUUAACCUUUAAAUUUGUGUGUCAUUUUGUAGGUGCACUGGAUGAAGCCUUGGAAUACAUAGCAGAGCUGGAGGCUAGGCUAAAGAGAAUUUCACUGGAGACACCAACUACUUUUAGUAGGUUUUGUGUGUCUGAUCACACAAUCCACUACUACACCAGGUUUCCCUCACAAGAAGUGUUUCAGAUCUUCUGGGAGUCUGUUUGUCCAUCUCCCACAAACCUUGUGUGCUGGACAAAAGCACAGAGGAUGGGUCAAGAAGCUUCCCCAACACCAAGUCCUGCACGGAAAAUCCAGCUCAUGGAUGAGCUCUUCAUGUACUGCUGCCGUGUAGCUGGUGGCCUUAGGGAAAGAGUAAUUGCUGACAUCUUUAGUGUAAGCAUGGCCACAGUAAGCAGGACAGUCAUCACCUGGGCAAAUUAUUUGUACUUUGUUUUAGGCUCAGUACCCAUUUGGAUGUCAAGGAAACAAAUCAGCUCUUCCAUGCCUGAGAAAUUCAGGUUAUUCAGUCCAAAUGUAUGAGUAAUCCUGGACUGUACAGAAAUUCGCUGUGAGAGUCCCGCAUCUCUGACACUCCACUCAGAGAUAUUCUCCAACUACAAGAGCACCACAACGUUCAAAGGACUGGUUGGAGUGGCUCCAUGUGGUGCAGUGACCUUCAACUCUCGUCUGUACACAGGCUCAAUCUCUGACAAAAAGAUUACAAGGAAGUCUGGCAUCUUGGACCUGCUUGAACCUGGAGAUGAGGUAAUGGCAGACAAAGGGUUUAAAAUUGAGGACAUGCUUACCAGUGUUGGUGCUAGGCUGGUUAUUCCACCUUUCAAGCUUGACCGGCAAUUCAGCAAGACAGACUGUGAAAAAACACAAACCAUUGCAUGACUCAUAAUUCUGGUGGAAAGAGUGAUCCGAAGGGUUAAAGAGAACCACAUUUGGGAUUCUGCUGUACCACUCAGCUUGUCAGGAACAAUUAAUCAGAUCUGGCAUAACUGUUGUUUUAUAGUCAAUUACCAGGGACCAAUGUUUCUUGAGCAGUAAAUGAUUUCUGAUUUGUUACAUUGUUUAGUUUGUUGUUGCUGUUAUUAUUAUUACAGUUACCUGUUAUUGCUAUUUUACCUCACAUCUACUUUUGAAGAAUGAUUUCUUUAGAAAAUUUUAAUAAUUACAAUAUAUCCUCUUCAUUUUCCCUCUUUUCUCAGAGGCAAAUUUGUUACUUUAUAAAACAAAAAUUUGCACAUAGUUUACUGAAAAUAAUGAAGACAUUUCACACAUUUCAUUAUUGGAAAUUUGUACAGUAUUGUCAAAUUAAUCUAUGAUACACCAUUACACCAAAUUACUAAGUUCAGUGGGAGUACAAUAGCAGUUUACAAAUAUACAGUUGUAAAACAAUUUAUAAUUACUAACUCUAUACAUACUGUAGUUACAAUGUUAAAGGAAUAGUUCACCCAAAAAUGAAAAUUCUGUCAUUAAUUCCACAUGUUGUAUGUAAGUGUGUGUGUGUGCGUUUUGUUUUCUUUCUGCACAAAAAGUAUUCUCGUAGCUUCAUAAAAUUGAACCCAAUGAUGUCACAUAAACUAUUUUAACAGUGUCUUUACAAUAUUUUUUGAACUUGACAGUGUCUCUUGCUGUCUAUGGUAGGGUCAGAGAUCUCUGGAUUUCAUCAAAAAUAUCUUAAUUUGUGUUCCAAUGAACGGAGGUCUUACGGGUGUGGAACGUCAUGAGGGUGAGUAAUUAAUGACAGAAAUUUCAUUUUUGGGCAAACUAUCCCUAUAAAAUGCAGCAAUGUUUAAACCCUGGAAAGAUACAUGUCCAUAUAUACAUAAUAGUAAUAAAUGUCCAACUUCUCCUUCAUGGAUGCUAUAAAGACAUUGUCUUGCCAGAUCCUCUGGA